AAGCGAUGCCGGUAGAAUGUGUGGAGGAUGAUGGGAAAGAAGAAGCCAAAGAUUGGCAAAGAGAGAGGGAAGAGAAUAAUAAACUACGAGACUUAUGCAUACUGUGUCUUAUUUCAAGUGUUAGAUCUCAGGCAUGACAAGUCACUUUUGUGAAGGAAAGGUCAAACAAAUCAAGCCGAAAGGAGGAAAUGAAAGCCAAGCUGACCUCUCAUCCACUCUUAUUUCUCUUAAUCAGAUCACAUCCACAGCAAUGUCGGCCAAUGCUGAAAUAAAUAGAGGUACGUACCGGGGAGAGGAAGAGAAGCGAGGGGGCCAUCGAUCAGAAAUUAAAGAUGGAGAGAGAAGUGGAGAGCGUGAGGGAGUACUAUGGCACUGGCAAGACUAAAGAAGCUUCUUGGAGAACGUCACAGCUUCAAGGCUUGCGUGCCUUCCUCAUCCACGACCAACAUGACAUCUUCCACGCUCUCAUGCAAGAUCUUGGCAAGCAUCGUCUCGAGUCUUUCCGUGAUGAGGUCCGUCACAGCCUUCUCGCAUUCUCUUUCUUCUAACUUGUAUAUUUCCACUACUUCUGUCUCUUUAUGCUCACUGCAGAUAGGAACGCUGAUCAAGUCCCUAAAUUUCGCUUUGAAGCAUUUGAAAGAGUGGAUGUCACCCAGAAAGGCUAAAUUGCCACGAAUAGCACUCCUUACAAGUGCAGAAAUCGUAGCAGAGCCAUUGGGUCUGGUGCUCAUCAUGUCAUCUUGGAAUUUCCCCUUUGGACUGUCCCUGGAGCCACUGAUAGGAGCAUUAGCUGCCGGAAACACAGCAGUCAUAAAGCCUUCAGAGCUAUCCCCUGCGAGUGCUUCUCUGCUAGCCUCUGCCCUCCCGAAUUACUUGGACAAUGAAGCCAUCAAGGUCAUCCAAGGAGGCCCAGAAGUGGCCAGGCAGUUACUCCUCCGAAAAUGGGACAAAAUCUUCUUCACUGGAAGUCCACGUGUGGGACAAAUUGUGAUGUCGGCAGCAGCGAGACACCUGACACCGGUGACGUUGGAGUUGGGUGGAAAAUGCCCUGCUGUUGUCGAUUCCCUAUCCUCUUCUUGGGACAGAGAAGUGGCUGUAAAACGAAUUGUUGUGGGAAAAUUUGGGACUUGUGCUGGUCAAGCGUGCAUAGCAAUCGAUUAUAUUCUAGUUGAAAAGGAAUUUGCUUCCACCUUGGUGGAACUGAUGAAGGUCUGGAUCAAGAAGAUGUUCGGAGAGAAACCCUUAGAAUCCAACACCAUUGCCAGGAUAAUUAAUAGACAACACUUCUUCAGACUCCAGAAUCUUCUUUCGGAUCCAAGGGUCAAAGAAUCAGUAAUUUAUGGCGGCUCAAUGGACGAAGACAACUUAUUUAUCGAACCAACAAUCUUGAUGGAUCCCCCACUUGAAGCGGCGGUGAUGUCAGAAGAAAUUUUUGGUCCGUUGCUUCCAAUUAUUACGCUGGAGAAGAUUGAAGACAGCAUCAAAUUCAUAAACUCAAGGCCUAAGCCUCUUGCCUUCUACGCGUUCACCAAAAACCAAGCCCUUCAGGGAAGAAUGGUGUCCGAAACAUCAUCUGGAAGUGUGACGUUCAACGAUGCAAUUCUUCAAUAUGCGGCGGAUAGCUUGCCAUUCGGAGGAGUAGGGGAAAGUGGGUUCGGGAACUACCAUGGGAAGUUCUCAUUCGAUACAUUCAGCCACCAGAAGGGCAUUUUGAGGAGAAGCUUCCUCACUGAUUUCUGGUUUAGGUAUCCUCCGUGGACGAUUACUAAGUUUCAGGAACUGGAGACCUCUUACAAUUAUGACUAUCUUGGAUUGUUUCUCGUCCUGCUCGGCUUAAAAGCGUCCCCAACACGUCUGUGACCUCAUCCUGCCAUCCUCAAUCCUCUCUUCUUGUUUCAUCACUUCUCAGGCUGUUUAUAAGCCGUUUUACCAUUAUUCCUAAUUUGCUCUUUUCUGUGUCUUCUCAAGUGUUGCAUAUUGUAAAAGUUAAUCCAUUAAUGACACUUUGGAUGCUCUAGAAUUGUAAACGUGCAUGGUUAUAACUAUUUCUCAAGUUACUCCCA